AUGACCUCAGAAAUAGGUCUUUUCUCAAACGACUUGAUCUCAGAAGAAUGUCAAAACACACUACCAGAAAGUUAUAAAUUCCGCUCUCUUCAACGCUCAGACUUCCAUCAUGGUUAUCUCGGUGUAUUGCGAGAUCUUGCAUAUGUUGGACCCAUUACCGAAGAGCAAUGGGAUGAGCGAUUUGAUGCCAUGAAGAAGUGUGAGAACACUUAUUUUGUGUUGGUGAUUGUGAAGGAGGGGGGUGAUGAAGAGGUCAUUAUGGGUACUGGUACACUUGUCGUGGAGAUGAAAUUCCUCGGGAACCUGGGGUUACAGGGACAUGUAGAGGAUAUAUGCAUCUCGGCAGAUCACCAAGGACAGCAGUUUGGAACGAAACUUAUCAAGGCGUUGGAUCAUAUUGCAGCGGAAAAAGGCUGUUACAAGAGUAUACUUGAUUGUGGUGAAGCAAAAAGAGCCUUUUACGAAAAAUGCGGUUACGAAGGGAGAGGUUACGAAAUGCAUCAUUAUCACGAUCUCGAAUCGGAAGCUGCAUUGAAUGGAGUUUGA